AUGAGUCUAGACAUGCUCUUCAUCGACGAGAAUGUAAGCACUUCCUUUCUGAUUAACGCUGUUGACGCUGGUUCUGUUAAUGUGAACCGUCAAUUCAUGUUCAGUCAGCGUCUCAGCAAAGGGUCAGUCUACAAGUUGAGCGGGUUCGUUGUAACGCGCAGCAUCCCUAAUUUCCAGAUGUUGGAUGCUCCUUUCUCCAUUUGGUUCAAUAAUGGAACCUUUAGUUAA